AUGGAUAAAGAAAAUGUACCCGUUGACUGUGUUGAUCCGAACGGGAUCACACUGGACGAUGAAGCAUACGUAGCACAGGCUUACCGCGACAUGAGAGAUCAACGACGGGUUAAACAGCUAGAAUCUCUCGAGCAAAAGCUUUCACAAUUCGCUCUUUUUUCUCGGAAAAAAAAUGAAGCAUUAAGCAAUGACAAGCGAAAACGCCCCUUGGCCUUGGCGGACCGUCCCACUCAGAGUGACCUCAACAAAAGACGACAGGAUUUGGCGAACAAUGAUGAAACAAGCAGCAUCUAUCGGUUCGAAUCGUCUCCAUCGUUUAUCAAGGGACAAAUGCACGAUUACCAGAUCGAGGGCCUUAAUUGGCUGAUUUUGCUGCAUCAGAGCGGUCUGAACGGUAUAUUGGCGGACGAAAUGGGUUUGGGAAAAACCAUUCAAUCAAUAUCCAUGAUAGGCUACUUGAUGUAUAUACGCAAACUGAAGGGCCCGUUUCUGGUAGUGGCUCCCCUCCGCACGGUUGAUAAUUGGAUGAAAGAGUUUUCCACGUUUAUGCCGUCGGCCAGGGUGCUGCGGGCGCACGCUACGGACAAAGCGAAGCAAGACGUGUUUGAUACGCUUCGUGCGAUAAAAAAGUGGGACGUGGCGGUAACAAACUACGAAUUUCUAAGAGAUCAGCAACGUUAUUUUGUCAAACUGAACUGGAACUAUGCCAUUCUGGACGAAGGUCAUCGGGCGAAGAGUGAAGCUACGCUUUUCGCGAGAGCGUUUUCCAAAUGCAACAUUGCCAGUAUGAUACUCCUGACUGGUACGCCGAUCCAUAAUAAUUUGCACGAGCUGUGGGCGUUGCUCAAUCUCAUGAUGCCAUCCUUCUUUAACAACGCCGAGCGCUUCAAUAGCUGGUUUAAAGUCGAAAACUGUAUCGAUCCGCACCACGAACAAACGAUUCGACUGAAGAAUCUUCUUAAGCCGCUCAUGCUGCGAAGAACGAAAGACGGGUUAAAAAGCAGCAUCCCGCCGAAGGUGCACAUUACAAUUAGCAUACCACCAACGAGAGAAAUGUUGAUCUGGACAAGUAAUGUGUUGAACCGCAAACUGGAGCGAAUCACCGGAAGUGGAAAAAUAGUCCCGCUGUCAAUCGUACACACAUUUCCAUUCCUGCGUCAAGCUGCGCUACACCCGUACUUGAUUCAUGGUGCAGAAUCGCUCGAGCAGGAACUAGUGACGCAGGAUAUCGUUGAUUAUAGUCCAAAAAUGAUCGUGCUGGAUCGUUUACUAGAAAAGCUGUUCGAGCGCGGUUCUAAAGUGCUAAUCUUUUCACAGUUUGUUAAAAUGAUAAGAAUUCUGGAGGAUUAUAUGGACUGGCGUGGCUACGAAUACUGUGUGCUUUCUGGGCAGCAUAAAAAUCAGCAGAAGCAGAUUGACGACUUCACACGUCCUGGGUCGAAGUAUUUCGUCUUUCUAAUCAGCACACGGUCCGGUGGCUUGGGUAUUAAUCUUGUCACGGCCGACACAGUUAUCUUCUACGACAUGGACUUUAAUCCGCAGAUGGACUAUCAGGCGGAGGAUCGAGCACAUCGUAUCGGCCAACGACAUAAGGUGCAUAUUAUUCGGCUGAUCGUUCGUGGCUCGAUCGAAGAAUCUUUGUAUUUGAUAUCCGAGAGAAAGAAGCAGCUGGAUGCAUCGAUUAUUAGACAAACGCUGACGAAAAAAGUGCAAAAUGAGGCUGCCGAUUAUCAGAGAAAACAGUUGUCAACCGUAGGCGUCGUCGAUGUGGAGAGCGCACAACAGCUGGUAGAUAAACUGAUUGACGACAUGGGACCAUUGCUUCCCUGGGCUAUGGAUGAAGAUAAAAGUGAAAUUCAGGACAAUUGCACCAUCGUUGUGCCUGGCAAUCCGUGCCUUCCUCCAAUUGAUUUAGACCACACAGCUACCAACGGGAAAAAAAAGGCCGAUGAAGAUUUGAUCCUGACGAGCAAACGAAUGCGCCGCAUGGUUCACUACUCUCUUGUAAACUAA